AUGACUCGUGCAGGUAUUGUUCCACGGUUUCAUUGUCUCAAAGCACUAUGAAAACAAAAGAAUCACUCAGUUAUUUCACGAAUUUAAGACUCAAAGCGAUUGGGAGUGAUUUGGACUUAAACGCCGACAGCUUUUUAGACUAUAUACAUGAUAUUGCACAUAACUUGUAAAUAUGCGUGAAAGUUACAAUAAAUAUUAUUUCAAGACGUUGUUUCAGGUAAUUGAAAUGCCGGUGAAUUGUCCUGUCGGCCUAAUGUCUUGUCGCCCCAAUGUCCUAUGGGCUAAAUGUCUUGUCGGCCAAAUGUCCUGUCGGCUAAACGUCAGUAGGUGAAAGGUCCUGUCGGUCAAGCGUCUGUCGGUAGAUAGAUAGAUAAAACUUUAUUUAAAACCGCUAACCCCUUCAGCAUUUGCUGAUUUCCAAGGGGGGCUUUAUAUAAUAGUUACAUUUACAUAUUAAAUUACACAGUUAGAUAAAUAGAGAUAUAAUAAUAGAUUUAUGACUGCAGGCUAGUAUCAGUGUCUGUCGGCCAAAUGUCUGUCGGCCAAACGUCCGCGCACCUGCUGGGAAUCGCAAAAAUUCAUUAAUUUUUUAACGAUUCCCAGCAAGCCUUUCGCGCUCGUAUUCGACUUUUCCGCCUUGCUCGGGGACAACCUUAACUGAAAUUAUGGUUGUAUAUUCUAGGAUAUUGUAAUAUCUCCAUUUUCGUAAAAAAUUGCAUUAUUUAGUAAAUGGCAUGUAAAUUUUUUUAACAUUAUAACUUCUUCGUACUACUGACCUUGCAGUCACACAAGAAAUGUACUAUUUAUUUAAAUCAAUUCUUCCGUUUCAGUUUGCAAAGAUCCUAGAGCGUUAGGAAUGCAGAGUGGAAAGAUCCCAGAUUCAAGAAUACAUGCCUCGAGUGAAUGGUGGGAUAGAAACUGGGGCCCUCGUUACGCCAGAUUACAUGGGGAUAAAUGCUGGGUUGCUCAGCCAUCAGACACCAACCAGUGGCUGCAAAUUGAUUUCAAAUAUAAAGCAAUAAUUACAGAGAUUCUCACACAAGGCCGUACGCAAUUCGAACAAUGGGUUGGAAGUUACACCAUUGCUUAUUCUGACGAUGGCGUGAACUUUACAACGUACAAAGGGGAUAAAGGACAAGAUAAGGUAACUAUCAUAUAUUUCUCAGUUCCACAGCUCUUUGGCUGGUUGUAGGAAAAUAGUUAGAAUACCAUUUUGGGCAUCUCAGUCGAUAGAACUAAUUGCAGAAAUGUUUUGUAGAUGUACUAACAAUUUUAUACAUUUUUAAACUUAACCAGGAGCAGUUGCGAAAAUGCAAAUAUAAGCCCUCUGGCAGGAAUUGAACCUGCGUUCCUGGAAUCGAAUCACAGGGUCGCAGAUGCGAGUCGUGGGAGACGGCCUAUAUAUAGUUGUAUUUUUUACAACUGCUCCCUGGUUAAGUCUAAUAAAUGUAUAAAGAUAUACACUCAAUAAUUUUGACCUACAAAACUCGUAUAUAAUACCAUAUAUAUAAUUGAAGAAACUUUUGAGGUUUAGGCGACCUACGUUUUGAGCGAAGGAAGGAAGUUAUAUACUACUCAGACAGUGCUAGACCACUUCCUACUUCCCGAAAAUGAAACACCUACUCUUCGUGUGGAAGGCCGCUUUCCAUUAUUUAUCAGAGAUCUCGCUAUAAACACUUCUUACGUUUGGUUACAAUGGUAGAUUGGUAUGACGAGGCUGGCAAUUAACUAGUUAACAGUAAUUUUACUCUCUUAUUUUUUGAGCCUGUUCAUAUAAGCCUAGCUAUUACUCGUAAACUCGCCUGAGUGAGAUCUGCAUGCCCUUGGGUAACGAAUACGAAAUCUGUCAGAAAAAAUGUUUUCAUUAUUCAUAUUAUAAAAUUACGUCAUUGUGAUUAUACAGAGUGUCUAAAAAACGCAAUCCAAAUUUAGCAUGCCAUUAUGCGUUUAUUAUUUGGUGCAUGAACGUAUUUUUCUCAUAGUCACAAAGAUCAGGCUUUUGGCUGUUGAAUGAAAUGUUUUUCAUCCAUUAUAGAGAAGAAUUGAGCAAAUACGAGUCCAAUAAAAAUAGUUUGUCGAAAUCGCAUGUUUUCACCGCUGCGCCUAAUUAAAACAGUACAUUACAAAAGUGAAAGCAAUUAAUCACGAAUGUGUCAUUUUAACAAUGAGCUCAGAUGAUGAUUACUGAUCAGAAGAAUCUUUUGUGUAUCCGAAAACAUUUUCUCCUUCAAUGAUUAUACCGACAUCAGUUGAAGUGUUUCAUUAGUUGAAGUGUUUUAUUAGUUGAAGUGUUUUAUUAGUUGAAGUGUUCUAUUAGUUGAAGUGUUUUAACAGCUUUUAGUUGCAGUGUUUUAUCCUGUAUAAAUAUUCGUAAUAUUAUAUUAUUAUUAUUAUUAUCCCCGAACCUCGCCUCGGCGUAAGCCCGGGGCGAGUGUACUAAUAUUCUCUGAUUCAAAAUAUUGGUGGACUUACUUGUUUACUGUGUCAUUUACUUCACUCUCGUCGAUUUUCAGGCCAUUUCGUUAAACCCGGCAUAUUAUAUUGUAUAUCAUCUAUAAUAUUAUACCCUUUACUAGGUACACUAAGGUGGGCAGCUGUAACGCCGGGCGAACUUGGGCAAUACCUAAAUUUCAACAAAACCCGUCGAUAAAAUAUCGCGGCUAUACAUAUUUAUGUCUAUUUAAUCUUCCCAACUUGUAAAAUAUUUCCCUCGCUUUUCCUUGAAGAAUUAAAACAACUUAAUGUAUAAAACUAAAAUACUUUCUCCGUCCUUGUGAGUCGAUCUGCCGUGGAAACAAACCGUUAAAAUUUGAAUUUUUCAAACUUAAUUUGUAACCGCAUCUUUUGUUAAAACAUUUCUCCUCAACCCUCCUGAUCUAUUAUUUGCACGUGGUUAUAUCAGGAGGGUUGAGGAGAAGUAUUUUAACGAGAGGUGGGGUUACGAAGUUUGAAAAAUUUAACUUUAAACGGUUUGGUUCCACGGCAGAUCGACUCACGAGUGCGGAGAAUGUACGUUAGUUUACAUUAAGUUGUUUAGUUUACAUUAAUUUACAUCAAGUUGUUUAGUUUAUUUUGACACGCUACAACGUCAAUUAAAAAUAUUGAUUUCCACGAAGCGCGUGUGUUCAACAGUUAUUAUAUAUAAAUGUUCUUAUGACUCUUAUGGAAUCAAAUAAAAGAAAAUAGAAAUAAUCUUUCUGUUCCAAUUGACAAAAUUGACAAAAUAGACAACUGACAAAACAUAUAGAUAACUAUUUAAAAUAAAGGAGUAAUAUAUAUGUAUAAAUAUAUUAUUUAGUAACAUGAGCAGAAAUUUUUCUUCCAAAUAGAAACUAGGAUCUAAUCCCUCUAAUUCGUUUAGUCACUGAGUUCCAUAUUUUUGCCCCAUUAAACAUAAAACUCUUUUUCAUGCUAUUUGUGCGGCGCUGUGGCAAAACGAGUGUUGUUUCAUUGUCACGGAGACAGUAAUGUGUAUUCUCAUCUGUUAGGCUUUUAGGCCCAGACUUAUUCAAAAUUUUCAACAUUAAUAUUGCCUUUGCUUUAGUUCUUUGUACUUUUAGUGUCUCCCAUCCUAACGAUGAUCCCAUUUAAUGCAAUAUGAGCAUUAACUUCAUUAUACCCAUGUCCAUAAUAAUAUUUUGAAGCUUUUGUAAUCGUUGUGAUUGAGUUUCACCAAAAAUGUCCCACACUUCACAACAAUAAGUAAAGUAUGGUUGUACAAUUGCAUUAAAUAUAGAAACAAGUGUAUCACGGUCAACAAAUUUUUUUAGUUUUCUAAUAAUAGAAAUGGUGGACGUGAUUUUCUUACAGAUACUCUCAGUGUUACUUUUCCAAGAGAGAUGCUGAUCAACUAUUACUCCUAGUGUAUUGCAUUCCUGCACUUGUUUAAUUGGUCUGUUUUCAAUCAUUAUGUUUAAAUUUGAAUCUGAAACAGUAUGCACUAGAGAUCUUGAUCCAAUGAGCAUAAAUUCAGUUUUGGCAAUUUUUAGGCUCAGUUCGCGUUUAACCACAUUCUGAGGUUUUCCAAACCAGAGUUCACUGCAUUUUCAACAUCAUUAAUUGUUCCACCGGAAGCAGUUAGGUUCGUGUCAUCUGCAAAAAGUCUUGGCUUUUCCUAUUUAGGCAUUCAGUUAAAUCAUUUAUGUAUAUUAGGAAAAAUAAAGGACCUAAAAUGGAGCCUUGAGGAAAUCCACAUUUAACUUUGUGUUCAGACGAGACAACACCAUUUACCUGGCAUUUUUGGGUGCGACCAGUAAGGUAUGAUCUCAACAACAAAUGUGCCUUAUCCUUAAUACCGUAAAUUUGCAUUUUCUCAAGUAGAAUUUCGUGAUCUACGGUGUCAAAUGCUUUUUUUUUAGAUCUACAAAAACUACUAAGUUAAACAUUUUUCGAUCUAUGUUAACGUACAAACUAUUUGUUGAAUCUGAAAGGGACGUAGCGAUAGAGUGAAACUUACGAAAGCCAAAUUGGUUAUCAGAAAGAAUUUCGUUUUUAGUUAAAUAAUCAUACAGCUGGUCGUACAGUAAUCUUUCCAUGAUUCCGCUUUAUGACUGGUAGUAUCGAAAUUGGCCUGUAAUUACCAGGAAUAUUACGAUGACCACUUUUAUGAAUAGGUAAAACUCUGGCUACUUUCCAUUCUCCUGGACCGGAGAGCUGCAAAGAGUAAUACUUUGAUUAAGAAUUUAUGUAAGUGUAGCAGAAAUUACUGGUGAUGCUAAUUUAAGAAUUUUACUGGAAAUUUUGUCAACACCACAUGCUCUUUACAAGACAGCUAGUCCUCUUAAAAGAUCAAAAAUUUUCUUUACCGCAAUUGGUGUAAAUGCAGUGAACUCGGAUUCAGAACUUUUAGUAUAAUUUUGAAAAUCACAGCUAGAUUCAUCCAACUUGCUUGCCAAGUUUGGUCCAAUAUUUGCAAAGAAUUCAUUUAACCCUUCUGCAAUCUCUGCAGGAUUUGUUAAUUUAGAUUCAUUAAAAAUUAGUUUAUUUAUAAUCGUGGGUUCCCUUUCCGAUCAAACUAUUAAUAGUUUUCCAAGCCUGCUUUGGAUUUCACUUUUGGUUAGCAAUCUUUUUAGAAUAAGAGUCUGUUUUGGCUCUCCUUAAUUCGGUAUUUGUUUGAUUUCUGGCUUUUUUAUAAAUGAGCCAAUCAGACUCUUGUUUUGUAAUAAUUGCUUUUCUUUUCAAUUCAUCUCUUUCGGUUAUGAACAUUUUAAUUUUGCUUGUAAUCCAAGGGAUACUCUCUGAUUUUAUAUCUUUGUUUUGAAGUGAUGCAUGCUGAUCCAGGUCUCCCACAUAGUAUUUGGAUUAUCUGGAAAAUAAUAAAUAUGAUCCCAGGGUUGAUUCUGCAAAUCAUUAAGAAAUCUUAGAUCAUUGAAUUUCUUCAUGUUUCUAAUUUCAUCAAUAUUUACAUGACGUUUUACUGAAAAAUUUAUUUUUGUUAUUCCAGUAUGUAUUACCCAGAGUGAGAAAUUUUCACUGGUCUAUUUGUAACAAAAUGAUCAAUAACGGUGGAUGUUGAUGAUGUUAUGCGCGCAGCUUCAUCAAUCAUUUGUGACCAUUGAUAUAGUUCAUAUACGGAUUUGAGUUUUUUAGUUAAUUGGUCUGGAUUUGUCUUAAGUAAAUCACAGUUUAAAUCACCAAGAAUGUGAAUUUCUUUGUUUUCAUCAUCUAUUUUUUUAACGAGACUUUCUAAUUUUUUUUUCUAAUUUGUUUUUAAAUUAAUUCUUCAAGAAAAAGCGAGGGAAAGAAUUUUACAAGUUGGGAAGAUUGAAUAAACAUAAAUAUGUAUAGCCGCCACUUGGGAAGCAUUUGGCAAUAUUUUGUCGGCGAGUUUUGUUCAGAUAUAGGUUUUGCACAAGUUCGCCAGGCGUUACAGCCGCCCGGUGAUAUACAAUAUAGGCCGGGUUCAACGAAAUGGCGUGAAAAUCGGCGAGAGUAGAUGAAGUAAAUGACACAGUAAACAAGUAAGUCCGCCAACAUUUUGAAUCAGAGCGUAUUUAGACUUUUUUUUUACAAUAUUUUACAAUAUAUGAAGUGUGUAUUAUAUGGCAUUCUCGUGAUGUUUUAAUAUCAUUAUAUCAAACUAAAACCACACCCAAAUCACACAUAAUACAUAAAGGAAACUAAAUAAGUUUUACUUUAUAAUUUAAAGUACAUGUUUAAUACAUGCAAAAUAUAAUAAAAUUAAAAAAUAAAUAAAUACCUACACUGAGCCUGGGCUAUCUGUGGAGAAAUUCAUCAACUUAAGUCCUAAGGAGAGUUAAUUUUCAAUAGUUUUAGACCCAAUUCUCAACGGUGAAAAUAUGCACUUUCGUCAAACAAUUUUUAUCGGACACGUAUUUGCUCAAUUGUUCUCUAUAAUGGAUGAAAAACAUGUCAUUCAACAGCCAAAAGUCUCAUCUUUAUGAUUAUGAAAAAAUUACGUUCAUACACUGAGAAAUUAACGUACAUUGGCAUGCUAAAGUUGGAUUGCCUUUUUUAGACAUCCUGUUGAACAAGGUUGCAUCAUGGGGUGCAAGUGUAGUACCUCGUAUUUAAAAUACUACAGGGUUGAAACUGGUAUUUUUCAUAUUAUAAACCUUUAUAUAAAAUAGAUAUUAGAGAAUGAGUUUAACAAAAUCCGGUUUGUGUUUGUACUGUAUGAGAAACGAGCGCUCCAUCCUGGUUAGUCGAGAUGUUGUCACCUUGCGCUAUGUGGAUCUCAGUCAAGUGAAAUAAAAUUUUCUAUAUGAAGGCUUUAUAAACUUUAUUCCACCAAACCAGGAUGAACAUUUUUCCCGAUUAUCAGCUAGAAUAUAGUAUUGAGGGACAUGGUUGGAAAAUACAAACAAAAAGUAAAUAUUAGUAUACCUAAACAGACAGAUGCAGUUCUUUAUAAUUGACAAAAAAGGGAUUUCAAAGACGCAUAUGUUUAUACUGAAUGUAGCCCAACCGAGACGGGAUAUUUGGUGCGAUAAAAACAAUCAUAUGAGGAUAGAAAAAUCAUCUUCAUGAGUGAGAUGAAUUAUCACCCUACUUCACAAUCAUAUUAUAUCAGCCUCAAGUUCAUGCUAUUUUUCAUGUGCAUUCAAACAAUUUCGGAAGCAUUUUCUUGACGAGCUAAUAUAAUAGACAGAUAUUUCAUGACUAAACUGAUGUAUCACUUUGAAAACAGGUAUUUUCAGGCAACACUGACAGAAAUAGUGUUGUGCGUCAAGAAAUUUCACCCGUUCUUGUUGCGAGAUUCAUCAGAAUCCAACCAAAGACUUGGGAAUGGCACAUCGCCAUGAGAGCUGAGGUUCAUGGUUGUAUUGAAG